GAGAACAACAAACCCUCCGACACGAGGCAGAUACAUACUCUAGACCCACUAUCGACGUCGGUCCGGAUUCGGCCCUUUAACUUGGUCACGUGAGUAGUUGUAGAUCAUUCUCUUGCUUGCUUCCGAGUUUCUCUCCGUAAACGCCCAAGUCAUUCUUCAUCCUCUUUACUGCAGUUUGUGAUGGCGUCAACGUUCUUUACCUGGCUUAGAUCUCCUGCUGCUCGCGAAUACUUUUUCAGCACACACUUCUGGGGACCAGUCGCGAACUGGGGUCUUCCCAUUGCUGCUCUCGCCGACCUCAGCAAAGAUGAAGAGGUCAUUUCAGGCUCUAUGACCACUGCACUUGGCCUCUACUCCAUGGUCUUCAUGCGCUUCGCAUGGAGAGUACAACCCCGGAAUUACCUGCUCUUUGCCUGUCAUGCGACAAACGCGACAGCGCAGUCUAUUCAAGAGACCCGCUUCGUAAAUUACUGGUAUUAUGGCGGCCGCGAGAAGAAAUAUGGUCUUGACAAGGACGGCCAGGGUCCAGUCACGCAAGCCAUCGAGGCAGCACAAGCAGAGGCAAAGAAGGUUGCGGACACAAAAUAACAAUCUUCCUCUAUAUAGCCUUAGAAUUCGCUGCACCUUCUGAACGUGUGUCCAACUAAGGAGUAGAUCCAGAUACAUAAUUUUCACCAAAAUCCGUCAUCCCCGUCUCCUUUGCUUUUCUUUCCGCUCUUGCUCUGCGCAA